AUGGCGGCCGCCAGGCGCUCCGGGGCCCUGCGGAGCGCCCGGACCCCGCUCGCGGCGGCGGCCCGGCCCAGCCCCGGGCCCCGCGGGGCGGCGGCGGCCCGGCCCAGCCCCGGGCCCCGCGGGGCGGGCGAGCCCGAGCUGGACUCCGAUUCCGAGCUGGACUCCGAUUCCGAGCUGGAUGGCGAUAGAGAGGUGGAGCUGGAGUGGAGCUUGAGCCUCAGCGCGGAGAGCGAUGAGGAGCAGGGCGGCAGCGCGCCCCGGCGCGGGUGGCCCGAGGCGCGCUCGGCGGCGGCCGCGCUGCUGGAGCGGUGCGUGGCGGCGGGCACCGUGAGCCAGGAGAGCUUGGAUUUAACUUGCAGAAGAACGCCAUGCUUUGCAAAAUUCUCAGAGAUGGAAGAAAUGGUGAACAUGGAAGCUGAAAUCAAUGAGAUAAAACUGAAAACUGAAAUGAUGCAGUUGGAGAAUGAGACAGCAGACAUUACUCACCCUUUUUACUUAGGGAAAAAGUGUGAGAUUUUGCAGGAUAUGAACAGACACCUGGAAGCCAUACUGAAAGAGAAGAGGGCUCUCAGAAAGAGGUUGAUCAAACACAGACAUCAAGAAAGCCUGCCUAUUGAGGCUACUUAUCACAAGUCUCUAGUAGAGUUGUUGGCUGAGGCUGUGACUUUCAUUGAGAAGCUUGAAAGCCAUUUGCAGUCUGUGAGAAGCAUCCCUCAGAUACCACAGAUGAUGAGCAAUAUGGACACCACUUUGUCAAAAACAGAGGUGCUCAUGAUAGAAUUGGAGAAGCUGAGAGAGCAAAUACUGAAAUGGGAAGAACUGCAAAAGGAAGUGUAUUCUAACAAUGUGUGCAAUACUGCUGACUUGGACUUUGGCUUAUCUUCAACCUAACAAAUCCUUUUCCUCAAGUUGGAUGGUUACUCAAAGAACUAUAUUCUUAGGGUCUUCUGUGAAAAGUGCAACAUAGAUCUCUUAAUCCAACAGAGACUUCAUAGGUAGGUUUAUAUCUGUUAUUAAGUAACAGUUCUUCAACUAUUUACUAAAAAAAGGACAGUGCUCAUGGGAAGACAGGGUACUGAGAAACCUGUUAAGAGUUCCUUUCUGAAGUAAUUGGAUAGGAGUCCCUUGGAGCCUGUAUCUUCAAAGGAGAAUUGUUUCAAUUUUAUUUUGCACUUGUUAUAGUAUCUUGAUUCAUUUUUGUAAGCGUCUUGAUAAAACACUGUAUUUUGUAUGUUGCCAUGAAACUUUAAUAAAAGCAAUAGAUUUCAAAA